CGUGUUUUCGUGCUGCUGUCCGAUGAGAGGAGCUUCGGCUGCAGCUCGGAGCUCAACAUGCAAACCUCAAAGAGUUUCCGUUUGGAUGAUUUUAUCGCCGGAUGGAUCGGAGGAGCUUCCAGUGUGGUCGUCGGUCACCCGCUGGACACAGUCAAGACGCGGCUGCAGGCGGGAAAAGGCUACAAGAAUAUGCUGCACUGCGUCAUCACCACCUACAGGAAGGAAACGGUCACAGGCUUUUUUAAGGGAAUGUCGUUCCCGCUGGCCAGCAUCACCAUCUACAACUCAUUGGUAUUUGGUGUCUUCAGUAACACACAGAGAUUCAUAAGCAAGUAUCGCUAUGGCGACGGGCAGCAUCCCUGCAGCAUGCUGGACCUGAUGGCGGCCAGUAUGUUGACCGGGCUGGUGUCGGUCAGCCUGGGAGCCCCGGUGGAUCUGGUCAAGAUCAGACUGCAAAUGCAAACGCAGAGAGUCCAAGCAGCGAAGCUCCAUCUCGCCAGCAGUGCAUCACAUGGCAACAAUGGCCCUCUGCGCUCUGUGGAAAUCCACAGCCAGAAUCUGUACCGGGGCCCCAUCCACUGCAUCAGCACCAUCCUGCAGACUGAGGGCCUCCAGGGCCUGUACAGGGGGGGCGGGGCCAUGGUCCUGCGGGAUGUUCCUGGAUACGCCCUCUAUUUCAUACCUUACACCAUCUUCUGUGACCUGAUGAACCCGGACCCCUCGUCCAUCCCUCAUCCGUGCUCUAUCUGGCUAGCUGGAGGGUUGGCAGGUAAACAUGAGACAAAAGCUCAGAUGACGAUGAUCUCUUCCAGUGUGAGGAGCGUCAGCUAUGACACUGUGGCCAUGUGGCACAGUUCUCCAGGGUCUGGAUUAAGCCAAGGGACUUUGCCCACAUUUCUCCUCACCAAGGAAGCUUCCAUGUUUCACCUGGCCAGAGACACGCCCACAUACACACAGAGAUUCAUAAGCAAGUAUCGCUAUGGCGACGGGCAGCAUCCCUGCAGCAUGCUGGACCUGAUGGCGGCCAGUAUGUUGACCGGGCUGGUGUCGGUCAGCCUGGGAGCCCCGGUGGAUCUGGUCAAGAUCAGACUGCAAAUGCAAACGCAGAGAGUCCAAGCAGCAAAGCUCCAUCUCGCCAGCAGUGCAUCACAUGGCAACAAUGGCCCUCUGCGCUCUGUGGAAAUCCACAGCCAGAAUCUGUACCGGGGCCCCAUCCACUGCAUCAGCACCAUCCUGCAGACUGAGGGCCUCCAGGGCCUGUACAGGGGGGGCGGGGCCAUGGUCCUGCGGGAUGUUCCUGGAUACGCCCUCUAUUUCAUACCUUACACCAUCUUCUGUGACCUGAUGAACCCGGACCCCUCGUCCAUCCCUCAUCCGUGCUCUAUCUGGCUAGCUGGAGGGUUGGCAGGGUCCAUUUCCUGGGUCACGGCCACGCCGGCUGAUGUGGUGAAAAGCCGAAUGCAAGCAGACGCUCAGCUGCAGAGAAGGUACACAGGAAUUUUACACUGCAUCCGCCACAGCUACCGGACAGAGGGGCUGCAGGUUUUUUUCCGUGGAGCAUCAGUAAACGCUGUUCGAGGGUUCCCAAUGAGUGCCACCAUGUUCCUGACCUAUGAACUCUCCUUGCAAUUCUUCAGGAGUUUCCAGGAGAAGAUCUGAUUUUUGGCUGUUAAACAGCUCCAUGUGGCAACAAAGUACCAGUUUAUUAGGAACACCUGAAGUGGCACCACUUGUGCUGGCUGUGAACAUCCGUCCAGUUUUUUGAGCGUUCUUGGAACUUUUUAAUGCUGCUUUGUCUUAAAUGGGUCGUCAAACUCGACUUUUAUUGACCGUUUACAGUUUACAUGAAGUCGGACUUUGGACUUCCCCGAUAGUCCUGUAACUUCUGGAACUGUUGUGGAGAAAUUCUUCUUGUACCAACAGGUCGUUUUAGAUUUGUGCCACAUAGGGGGCUAACAAGAGUCCUUUAUCUGGACUCCUCCUGCUUGUUCUGUGAGACUCUGAGGCUCCGCCUUCUUCAGGGUGGGGCAGGCAGCAGCUCCUUCACAUUUAAAGCAGCAGGCACACAAAAUAUACCCCCUGUGAAUGCUUUUAGGGAAGAGGUCAAAUGGCCUGAAAGUUUAAAUGAGUGCCAAGUCAGUUAAUUAAGAAACCACAGUUUUGAGUGUGUUCGUGUAUCAAUCUCAUUUUAUUAUUUGGUUCUUAAUGCACAUGUGGAGCAGAUUUGAUGAUGAAACGUAAGCUUGACACUUCUUGUCAGAAAUCAAGUGAAAGCGGAACAAAACAAAAAUGUUCCCAGGGAUUUCAUUUCUGUAGAUUUAUUGUAACACACCUCUGGGACAGAAAAUGUUCAUGUUAUGUAGUAAGUAUUUUGACAACAGGUACACAUCAGCGAUUUGAAGCAAAUCACAAAAGGUGCAAUUUUACAUGGUGUAGCUAAACAUAUCUUUGCAUUCACUCAUAAUCAUGUCAUAUUCCUCAGCCAUGCCUUGUCUAAUUGAAAACCAGUAGAUUUUUUAGUCUUGAGUGACUCUGUAGAUUUUUAGAGUUUGGUGAGCUGGUACACCAUUAGCCUUUGAUAAACCAGUUUAGCCUUUGGUAUCCCAUGAGAUUUUGGUACACUAGUUUACCAUAUGAUAAACCGAUACAAUGUUGGCCUUUGGUAAACUGGUACAUUGUCCUUUUGUAAUACUGGUACAUUAUUGGCCUUAGGUAGAUUACUACAUUAUCCUUUGCUAAACUGGUACAUUACUAGCCUUUCUUAGUGUCUUUACAUGUAACUACAUAUUGCAAUAGUUGUAGUAUGUCAGGGCUGUCAGUUGCCAUGACAACUCCCAUUGUGUGUCUGCAC